UUCUUCUUGCUGACGCCAACGCUCAAGCUUUAAAAAAUGGCUGUGUCUGUUCGCACUGUAUCCGCUGCGUUGAAGCAGUUCGUACCAACCCACGCUUUCCAUCGGAUUUCGACGAAGAAGGUCUUCGGCUGCAAAAUGUCGACCGAGUCACCGCCCUUCACUCACUCCAUCACCCUGCCGAGUAAACAGUCCGAACCCUUUCACAUCGUUGCUGCUCCCGGUGUCUCUCAUUCUGAUUUCUGGAAUGCUAUUGAUUCCUCUUUAUUCAAGCAGUGGUUGCAUAACUUGCAAACUGAGAAUGGGAUUUUAGCUGAUGGUACUAUGACUCUGAGACAAGUUUUAAUUCAGGGAGUAGACAUGUUUGGAAAGCGCAUUGGGUUUCUCAAGUUCCAAGCUGACAUUUUUGACAAAGAAACAGGGCAAAAGAUUCCAGGUAUUGUGUUUGCCAGAGGACCAGCUGUGGCUGUGCUGAUACUUCUGGAAUCAGAGGGUGAGACGUAUGUGGUUCUUACUGAUCAGCCAAGGGUUCCUGUUGGGAAAACUAUUUUGGAAUUGCCUGCUGGAAUGUUGGACGAUGAUAAGGGUGAUUUUGUUGGCACUGCAGUUCGUGAGGCUGAAGAAGAGACCGGCAUCAAGUUAAAGCUAGACGAUAUGGUUGACCUCACUGCUUUUCUGGACUCUUCAACUGGAUACAGAGUUUUCCCCUCUCCGUGUUUUUUUUGUUUUGUUAUUUGGGGUAAGGGAGGAUGUGAUGAAGAAAUCAGCAUCUUUCUGUACAGAGGAAGAGUUGAUAAAGAGAUAAUCACACAGCUGCAAGGUAAAGAAACUGGCCUUCGCGAACAUGGGGAGCUGAUUAAGGUACGUGUAGUACCAUACAAGAACCUUUGGCGCUCAACAGCGGAUUGCAAGGUUCUGGUGGCUGUAGCACUGUUUGAAAUGGCUACCAAAGAAGGCCUGUUGCCUCUUUUGGCUACCUAACUAAAGGAGUAAUAACUAUCUUAUUUAUUUCAUUAUUGGGAUGGCCCUAUAUGUUGCGUACACUUAACCAGAAAGGCUUGGUUGUUGUAUCCCUUACCAAGAGAUUCGCCUAAUACUAUGUUUUUCUUGUAUAUGCGAAGAUUGUAGAUUGAAAACAAUGUUGAUCAAAAGAUGGUAUACACAGCUGACAUUGCUCGCA